GUGCCUGGCCGUGGGCCUUCCUGGGCCUUGUGGAUUGGGGUCCUGUUGGCCAUAAUGCCUCCCCCUGGGGGUCCCUUGUCCUGCUAAUGGCCUCCUGUUUGCCCCAUUAGCCCCCCACAGAGAGAGGCCUUCGCACCCUGUUAGCAGGGCCAUCCAGGACUGCUUUGGGGGAGCCUUAUAAGCCCAAGGCAAGGGAGGAAGGAAGGAGACCCCACUUCAAGGAAGACCCUCUCUCUGCCUCUCUCUCUGUCUUGCCAUGGCCAGGCCUGCUCCUUGCUGCCUCUUCCUCUUCCUCUUGCAGACUGCCUUGGGGUCCGAAGCCCCCCAGUUCAUGCUGGACCUCUACCGAGCCGUGGCCGGGGAUGACGGGGUCACCAAGGGGCACGGCCUCCCCCAAGGAAACACCGUCCGCAGCUUCCUGGACAAGAACCACAGUGGCGCCCAGGGGCAGCUCCUCUUCCGCCUGUCCCGUGAGGCCAAGCAGGAACGGAUCUUGACCGCCGAGCUUCACCUCUUCAAGCUCCGUCCACAGACCCUGGACGGGCCUCGGAGGCAGCACUUCUGCCAGGUGAGUGUGUACCAGGUGCUGGACCUGGCGGGCACGGGCUCCCCUUCUGGGAAGAAGCUGCUCUGCUCCCGCCUCCUCUCCUUACUGGGAUCCGGAUGGGAGGUCUUCUCCGUGACUCAAGCGGUGCAUGACUUGGCGUCGGAGGAGGACAACGGCCUGGGCCUGGUGGUGACCGUGGGCGGGCUGCCAGACCUUGGCUCUGAUCUUGGCCUUGACCCCGCCGUCCGUUUUGCUUCCGGGCGAGACCACCACUCCAGCAGGAAGCCCAUGUUGGUCCUCUUCGCCCAGGACGACAGCCCCGCCGCCCCGCUCCCCAGCAGGGUCUCCAGGGAUGUGGCGUGGCCCCUUCCGGCUCCGUCCCUGAACCGCAUCCGGGGGUCCCGCUCGGCAGAAGUGUCGGUGUGGGCAGAGGAGGAGUCGGACUCUUCCCCUGCGCCGGGCCCAUGCCGCCGGCUCCCACUGGUGGUGGAGGUGGAGGAUCUGGGCUGGGGAGGGUGGGUGAUCUCCCCACGUGGGGUGGGGGCCUACCAGUGCCGGGGGGGUUGCCCCUUCCCGCUGGGGGCUGGCCUGCGCCCCUCCAACCAUGCCGUCCUGCGCUCCAUUGCCCGCGCCCUGCGUCCCCCCGGCCCUCGUGCGCCCCCCGCCCCCUGCUGCGUCCCAGACGCCCUCCUCCCCAUCAACCUCCUCUACUUUGACGGAGGCGACCGUGACAAUGUCGUCCUAAAGCAGUUCCCCGACAUGGUGGCCGCCAGCUGCGGGUGCCGCUGAGGGCACCCCCCCAGCCCCUCCACUGCGAUAGGCAUUAAUGGAGAAAGGCAGGUGGCAGUCAGAAGGUAGUACAGAGGAUCCCUCCUGACAGAUGGCCAUCCAGCCAUAUACAGAUAUAGCUAUCCAUCAUCUCUAUGAGUCAGAAGGGACCCCCCUCCAAAAGGCCAUCCUAUUCAUGUCAAGCAAGAAGGCACAAUCUGAUCCCUCCCAACAGAUGGCCAUCUAGCCAUAGAUACAGAUAUAGCUACUCCCAUCUUCUCCAGAGCCGGCCCUAGGUAAUGUUCAAGUUUAAGCAAACAAUAUUUUAGCACA